AUCAAAGAUCAUACCAUGGCAGAGUUGGUUGCUUGUGUAUACACAGUGAUUUGCUGAUCAGUUGUACAUGUGGAACUGUUUUCUUGAAGAAAAGUGAUUAUUUACAUUUAUUUACAUUCAGUGAAAUUUGAAUUGAUCAGAAUAUUGGAGAAAUAAGUUACCUGUGAUUGAUUUAUGAUUUUUAGAAGAUUAUUAAAUGACCUAGAGAGGAGUACUGUGUUACAGACCUACAGUGUACAGUUUACUGUAGUGUUUUGUUUGGUCAAGGAAUUGUGCUGAGUUUGACACAGAGGUGUUAUAGAACUGGUGUGAAUCAUAGUUCACUUUCCCAGCAGUGAUUCCAUUUUGAUAGGUGUCAAAACAUAAGUUCAACUAAUUACUGGAGUAAUUAAGACAAAGAAGAGAUCAAAGGAUUUAGAAGUCAUUACUACAAUACCUGUAGGGAACUAGUUUGACAUCCUCAGGUAACAGUAAACUGACUUUAGAUAGAAAAAACACUUUAAUUUUUAUAGGAUGGAAAGAAAUAAAUUCUGUGUGAUGAAGAUUCUAAGUCUGCUGACCACCGUCCUGUUGAUGGUGAAGACGAGUCACAGCUGGCAGACAGACGUACAGGCAAACCUCCACCUCCAAUUCUCAGAUUUGCAAGGAGUGCAAGUUUACAGAGGCGAAAGCGGCAAUGCUCCCCAUUACAAACUUAUCCAAGUUGAAAAGGAUUCCAUGUUACUUGGAGCAAGAAACAAGAUGUACAACAUCAGUAUGGCGACACUAGAAGAAAAUGUUUUAGAGAGAAUUGAAUGGGAACCCAGAGAGUUUGACAAAAAAGUCUGUGAAACCAAAAUGAAAACGAAGGAAGAAUGUCAAAACCAUAUUAGGGUCAUUGGCAAGAAACCAUCAGGGGAAUUAUACGUGUGUGGUACCAAUGCGUUUAAGCCAAAAUGUCGCACCUAUGUCAAAUCGGAGGAGAUGACAUAUGUAAUGAAGGCAGAGGAGAAAGGAAUCGGACAUUGUGCCUUUGAUCCAAGCCACAACAGUACUUAUGUAUUCUCAGAUGGCAAGCUGUUUUCCGCCACUGUGUCCGAUUUCUCUGAGAGAGACCCACUUAUUUUCAGCACCGAUUAUGGCCGAAAUAUUCUGAGGACUGAACAGCAUGACUCCAAAUGGCUGAAUGAUCCUAACUUUGUCAGUUCCUUUGACAUUAAAGAUAAGAUCUACUUCUUCUUUCGGGAGACUGCAGUGGAACAUAUCAAUUGUGGAAAGACGGUGUUCUCAAGAGUGGCCAGAGUGUGUAAAAAUGACAGAGGAGGCCAAAUUAUGAUGAAAAACAUCUGGACUUCAUUCUUUAAGGCCAGAUUAAACUGUAGCAUACCUGGAGAAUAUCCCUACUACCUGGAUGAAAUUCAAUCUACAUCAGAAAUGGGUCAAGGAAACUACAUGUCAACGGAUAGAAGUGAUAAUAGGACAGACAUGUUUUAUGCAGUCUUUCGCACUCCUGAAAAUAGUAUCCAGGGCUCAGCAGUGUGUGCAUUCAAAUUAUCAGAUAUCGAAAAAACAUUUAAAGGCAAGUUCAAAGGUCAAGAGUCAACAUAUCAUAAUUGGCUCCCUGUGUCACACCCUAAACCUGACAGGAAUCCACACCCCAGCACCUGUGUCAAUGACUCAUACCAGAUCUCUGAACCAAUGCUCAAUUUCAUCAAAUCACACACUCUUAUGGAUGAAGCUGUUCCCAGUGCUGGGGGAAGUCCGAUCAUUGCUCUACCCACUUUCAAAGGCAGAAUGACCCAGAUUGCAGUUGACUGGCAGGUUCAUGCUGGUGAUGGCAGAUACUAUGAUGUCAUUUUCGUUGGAACUGAUAAUGGACGAGUUAUCAAGGUCAUCAAUAAAGGUCAUGGGUCAAAGGUUGAGACUGUGGUGGUAGAGGACAUUCAGGUAUUCCCGGAGGAGUAUGUUGUCACUGGACUCAAGAUAUACAGAGCUAAUGGAAAAGAAAAACUGAUUGUUGUUUCGAAAGAGAAAGUCAUCUCGGUUCCUCUUCAUCAGUGUGAACAUCAGGACUCUUGCAGUUCUUGUGUGAGACUUCAGGACCCUUACUGUUCAUGGGUUGAUGACAAGUGUGCAGCUAGUGAUAGAGGGAUACAGAGCAUUCUCUCUGGCACUCACUCUGCCUGUGGUCCUGAAGAAAAAUCCACAUUAUCACCAUCAACUACACCAAAACCCAAGAAAAUCACCACUGAAAAACCUCAGUGCGACUGUCAAUGUCCCAACAGCAAUGAAAAUAAUAUCCUUGGAGGUCAACCUACGAAAAAACCGGAUCCACCAGUGGAAGUGGAUGUAGAGGAUGAAAUAGAUAACGCUCCUGAAGACUUCUCGGAAAUCGAUCCCAACUUUAAGAAAGGCAAUCCCAACUUUAAACAAUUUGAAAUUGUGCAAAAGUUUGGUGCAAACAGCCAGAACAAAGAUUCUGAAGUGAAGGCAGCCUCAGCACAGGAAGUCAGAAGUUCGUCAGAAUCUUCCCUAUCUGUGGCAGAAACCGCCAUUGCUAUUGUGGUAUCUAUUGUGGUGUCUUCCAUACUGUCCUUCCUAGCCGGAUACUGGGUCCGAUCCUGCAGAAGUGAACCCCAGGAAAACCAGCUCACAAAUGAAGAAAUUUAUGGUUCCUUACAGAAAAAUCACAACAAACUCAAAGACAAUGAGCCACGUUAUGUGAAUCAUGCUCAGCUCGAGCGCAACAAUUCUCAAAAGCAACUCAAUCUCAUAGUGACAAAUAUCCAAAAGGGCUCCAAUUUACCCAAUGGGAGUGCAUUACAAAAACCAGUUUUGAACAUUCCUGUGCCUGAUAAAACCUAUGUAUAGUUAGAGAAUGGUAUUUAGGAAUUUUAUUCAUUGUUGCACACAUAGUGCUGUGAUAAUGUGGUGACCAAAAUGCCGUCGGCCUAAGGCAGGAGUCCCGGCUCAGACCAAAAUGAGGCUUGGCCUUCUGAUUGGUCAUCACAAAGAAUGAAAGCCUACUGGCUUGCAAUGACAUUCCAUAAACUGUAGGAAACUCCUACUUAAUUUAUACUGCCAAAUAUGUAAAAAGAACAUUUGUGAUAGUGCUAAAAUGUAUACAGAUGCUGUAUAUAUUCUCUAAAUGUGUAUAUAAUAACUGAAAAAAAAUUUCAGUAUAAAAGUUGUACAUGUGCGGUAAUUAUUGAUUGCCAAAAUUUAGAUGACAGAUUUCACUGGUGCUUGAAGUUCAUUAUAAGGGCAACAUUUAUGUAGAAUAAAGACAGAAGUGUGUUCACAUGAAAAAUUUUUCUGUGAUCACUCUGAAAUAUUUGCAUUCAGAUAUUGCCCCAACAAAGGUCCAUAAUGAGGCCUGAAUUCUGAUGAAGGGCCAAAAAAGAGAAUAUGUCUUUAUAAAUAUCAGAUUUUUGAUGUGACCUGGUGUGCUCUUAAUAUUGUAUGCUUAGGAAUGACAACGAAUCAAAAACUGAUGAUGAAUUUCUGUGUUCAGACUAACAGAAGAUGUACUUAAUGCUCAUUGUAAGACAUCAGAUAUAGUGCUGGAGGCUUAAAUUUGUAAAUAUAAUCAUGAUGAUCUCAUUUUUGUUGAAGGCCAGUGUAUUGAGUAUCUAGUGGUGACUUGCAGCAGGGGGGAUAUGUGUUGAAACAUGAAAACUUAAUUACUUACCAUUUUUUUAAAGAAGAGACAUCUAAAGAAAGCAACAGCACUUGAUUUGUUGAUAAUCUAAGUAGCUAGACUUUUUUGUAUUCAAAAGAUUAAAUUGAUCCAUUUAAACUUUUUUUUUUAAAAAUAUGGGACUUAAACCAAAGGUCAGCCACUAGAUUAAAGCACUGCCUUACAUAAAAUAUACUUUGUUAUAGUUAAGUAAAAAAUCAGUAUUCAUACAUAUAUGUGUGUAUAUGUCAUAAGGCAUUUAUCCCACCUCACUAUGUUAUUUCUGCUUACCAAUCUAUAAGUCAAAUGUAAUACACAUUUGUCACCAUGCCUAUAUAUUUUUUAUCACUGUUGUAUCAAAUUCUAUUCAUAUACAUUUAUAAUUAUUUUAGAAUCAUUAUUUUUAUAUGAUGGAAAAAUUUUAAUGUGUUGAUAUAUAUUUUGGAAUUUUAACUACAAAUAGCUUUUUAUUUCAGAAUUUUUUUAUGAUAAAUCUUAUUCAUUCAGAUAAUUAAAACAGAAAGUCUGAAUAAGCAAAGAAAAUGGUUAUAAAAGUAUCAAUUAAUGAAAAUGUCAGCUUUAAAUACGAGGAUCUCAGAAUAUACACACUAAGUACAGCAUCUUCUGAUCAGUUGGAGAGAGUUUGUAUCCCCCGUAGUUUUAGUUCCUAGAUGUGCCUCACACCCAUAAGUGAGGACAUUACAUGUUUAUAUUCUCUCUGUAGCAGAGCUUCUAUUUUUGGAAUAUUUUAUGUAAUAUUUUAUAUAAUCCCCCAGAGGUAUAAACUCUUUCAACUGAUCAUAAGAAAUUUACUUAUUUUUUGCUUUAUUUAAUGGAUCAAAGCUAUAUGAAUUUUGACAUUUGUACAUCAUAACACAUCAAAAUAUAUUUGUAAUUUUGUUGCACACAGACCAAAAUAUGUUAUCUUUACACUGCUGUGUGAAAUGAAAAUAUCUAAAAAUAUGCUCAUACUACACAUGUGUAUAUAAAUACAUUUUUAAAAUAUGGAAAACGUACUUAUUGAAAAAAAUAAAAUAAUUUAAAGUAAA